UGCCCAGGUGUGUGAUGGUCCCAGGGCCUCCUGAUUCUCUCUGGCUGGGGCUGGCACCAAUGCACAGGCCCAUGUGCCCGGCGCUGCGCUCGCUGGGACUGGCUGUGGGGGUGGCGCUGGGCAGGAAAGGCGCCAUGUGGGCCGGGUGCGCCAGCAUCAUGGGCUGGUUCCUUUUCAUCCAGACAGUGCCCGGGGUGGCAGGUGGUCGUCCCUGCAGCCCCCAGUAUUUUGGCCAUGGCUUGAUGGCGUGUGAGUGCAACGCCACCUAUUGUGACACGCUGGACCCCGUUGUCGUCCCGGCCCUGGGCAUGUAUGCCAAGUAUGAGAGCAGCAAGUCGGGCAAGCGGCUGGAGCGCAGCGAGGGGAGGUUCCAGAGCGACUCCACGGCCCCAGAUCUGUUGCUGAAGCUGGACACGGCGCAGCGGUACCAGAAAGUGAAGGGCUUUGGCGGCUCCGUCACAGACUCGGCUGCGAUGAACAUCCUGUCCCUGUCCAAGGAAACCCAACGCCACCUGCUCGCAUCCUACUUCACGGAGGAAGGGAUCGAGUACAACCUGCUCCGCAUCCCCAUGGCCAGCUGUGACUUCUCCACCCACCCCUACAGCUAUGACGACAUCCCAGACGACUACCAGCUCCUCAACUUUGGCCUGAAGGAUGAGGAUACAAAGCUGAAAAUCCCCAUUCUCCACCGAGCCAUGGCCUUGUCCAAGAAGCCGCUGUCCCUGGUCGCCAGUCCCUGGUCAUCACCGGUCUGGAUGAAAACCAACGGGGAGAUGAAGGGGAAGGGAAGUCUGAAGGGGAAGCCGGGGGACAAGUAUCACAAGACCUGGGCCAACUACUUCAUCAGGUUCCUGGACGAAUACUCCAAGCACAACCUGACGUUCUGGGCGGUGACGGCGCAGAAUGAGCCCACGGCUGGGCUGAUCAACAACUACCCCUUCCAAUGCCUGGGCUUCACUGCCGAGCACCAGCGGGACUUCAUCGCCCAGGACCUGGGCCCGGCGCUGGCCAACAGCUCGCACAAGGGCAUCCGGCUCAUCAUGCUGGACGACAACAGAGUGCUGCUUCCGCACUGGGCCAAAGUGGUGCUGGGUGACCCAAACGCUGCUCGCUACGUCCAUGGCAUCGGCGUCCACUGGUACCUGGAUUUCAUCGCUCCCAUAGCGGACACCCUGUUACCAACCCAUGACCUCUUCCCUGAUUACUUCAUCUUGGCCACAGAGGCCUGCACUGGGUCCCACUUCUGGGAGAGGGACGUUAUCCUGGGCUGCUGGGAUCGGGGGAACCAGUACAGCUACAGCAUCCUGACGAACCUGAACAACUUCGUCACCGGCUGGAUCGACUGGAACCUGGCCCUGGACCUGGAGGGGGGGCCCAACUGGGUCCAGAACUUGGUGGACAGCCCGGUCAUCGUGGACAGGAAAAAGGAUCUCUUCUACAAGCAGCCCAUGUUCUACCACAUGGCACAUUUCAGCAAGUUCGUCCCCGAGGGCUCCCAGCGCGUUGGGCUGGUUGUCUCCAAGAAGAGCUGCAAGUGCAGCGUGGAGUACGCAGCCUUCCUGCGCCCGGAUGGCGCCGCCGUGCUCGUGGUCCUGAACAGGUACUCCACGGACGUGCCGUUCAGGAUCUCCGACCCAGACGUUGGCUUCAUUGAGGCUGUGGCUCCAGCUGACUCCAUCCAGACCUACCUGUGGAGACGGCAGUGA